AUGGGGCCUCUUGUUGGUUCCCGUAGCCUGACAUUGCGUCGUCAUGUUUGCAUCAACGCCUUUGCAGCAGCAAUUCCACGCCGUGUGAUUUACAGGAAAAGCCGACUCUACUCACAGGGAGCCAAGGAUGAGGCAGAAAGCUCGUCAAAGCGCACCAGUUUAUUAAAUCUUUGGCAUAAAUACGAGGCCAAUGAUGAAUUACUAGGGCCCGGGUCGGAAGACGUCUGCGUGGGAUUCUUGGGCAAGAGUCGCAAUGUCUCAAAACACCUCUCAUUCGCAGAUCUCACCACGCCAUCCGGUGAAAUCAUUCAGGUCUGCUCUAGCUCAGAAAGAGACAGUGAAGCCCAUGACGAUUUCCGUCAGGUUCCAGCUUUCAGUCCCGUGCUUAUUCGUAUAAAGCAACAGGAGGCUGUAAACGCCGCCGAGUCCACUGCCAGUGAAGGCUCAUCAAAGAGAACUGUCUACCUUGACAGCAUACGUGCCCUCAACGGCAUUCCGAAAAAUCUCAUAGUAACGCCCGAAGUCCAGUUCCCGCCAACAAAAAGACAUCUUCAGAUCCGAUUUCACCCAGAAUUACAAGCCAGACUUCAAUUUAGAUCAUGGCUGAAAGGAAUGCUCAACCAAAGCUUGCUCCAGAAGGGCUUUACCGAUAUAGAGACGCCGACUCUCUUCAAGUCCACGCCAGAAGGCGCCAGAGAAUUUCUUGUUCCUACCCGACAAAAGGGCACCGCUUAUGCUUUAAGUCAAAGCCCUCAACAGCAAGUUGGAUCUCAAGAUAUCUUCUGGCAACUUGGUACUGACGACUUCUACCAGCUCGAUAUGGAGUGGGCGUUUGCUGGAGCCGAGACUGUGCAAAAAGAUAUCAACGAUAUCAUCCUAGGAGCAUUAGCCGCCCUGCAGCCUGCACACAGCUACAAGGAGAUUCGAGGAGAGGUGGUUCCAGUUGUUGCUGAUAUACCUUCUACUCCACCGCCAGCAGACCAACCUGUGGCCCAUCAGUUUACCAAUAUUACCUUUGCGGAGAGCAUUGCGGCGUAUGGCUCUGACAAGCCAGACUUGCGUAUUCCCUUGAGGAUACACGCUUUACCGGAUCUUGAGCCUUUUCGCAACUUUGUUGGCAUGAUCACCCAUCUGUCUAACCCUCUUAUAGAGGCCUUUACAUUGCCAUUAAACGGCUGCUCUCCCUCGGAUGCGCGAAAAUUCGUUACUAAGUUUAUGGACGAACUUCCUCCCUCUUUGGCAAACAAUCCAGACGGUAAACCUCAAAUUCUCAUCCACGACUCGAGCAAGCCACUGUGCGGAUUCUCUUCGUUGGGCUUUGAAUAUGAGAGCGUUCUGGACCUAGUUUCAGAAGAGGAGGGUCUCCAAGACGGAGACCUUGUUGUCUUCCAAGCCCGUGAGAAGCCUGUUGGACAAUAUUACUCAGGCUCAACUAGGAUUGGAGAUGUCCGCAACCUGCUAUGGAAAGCACUUGUGGAGGCAGGCUACAUGGAAACCCCACGACUUGGUAAGCCAGGAUCGCUCCAGUUUGUAUGGGUGACAGAGUUUCCCAUGUUCAAGCCUGUUGAAGAGGGUGAGCCUGGCCAGGAGGGUGCAGCAGGAAUUGCGGCUUCUCACCACCCCUUCACCGCCCCCCUCUCCCAAAAAGACCUAGAGCUACUCUUUAUCGAUCCCCUAGAGGCAAAGAGCGCUGCUUAUGAUCUGGUUCUCAAUGGGAUUGAGAUUGGCGGUGGUAGUGUGCGUAACCACAUUGCCGACGUUCAAGAUUUCAUCAUGCGGGACGUUUUGAAGAUGACUGAAAAGAGGAUCAAAGACUUUUCUCAUCUGUUUGAAGCUCUCCGCUCAGGAUGUCCUCCCCAUGCCGGCUUUGCUCUCGGAUUUGAUCGCCUUGCGGCCCUGAUGACCGGCACACCGACUGUCCGAGACGUCAUAGCCUUUCCGAAGACUAUGAAGGGAGAAGAUCCUUUCGUUCAGUCACCCAGCAAGCUCAGCAAUGAGCAGCUUGCUCCAUAUGGCCUGCAACUCCGCUCAAAAUCUGCAUAA